AUGCACUCAUCUGAGUUGAAAGUCAUUGCUUUAUUCCGAUCGAAUGUCGCCUCUAGGAGCCCCAAGAAGCGAAUGAACGUGUUGAUAGCUUGGUGUGCGUAUGGUGCGUUGGCGAUGACUGCUGCGCUAGGUAACGAAGCAAAAAGCGAGAAAAUCGAUGAAGAAGAGAUAGAAGAGGGAGUAUGUACUGCGAACCCGAUCCAGCAUGUGACGGCGCUAUUGCGUUUGUACGAACAGAUUGACCAGAACAUGAGCGUCUUCGCGGCGCGAAUGCUGGAGGAUCUGGAAAAGAGCGUGGAGAAAGAAAAGAAGGAGAAUGAUGGUAAACUCAAGCUGUCACCAGAGCAACGUGCUCUUAAGAUGAGUAUCGCCUUUGAGUCGACGCUGGAAAAGGUCCAGGACGCGGUCUUUCGUAAUAAUUACGUGACCAAGAAACAGGUUCAGGAUGCGAUGCAACGACUUGUGACGGGAGCGUUGCGUGGUGGAGGCCCGGAUGGCAAGAUCUCGGUCGCUGAAGCAGAGACUAUUGACGAUUUUGUGCGGAAGCUCGGACGUUUACGGUGGAAAGUUACGGGGUCGCGCGACCCACUGAUCCCAGGAGCAAAGUCAGCAUGGGUGGUGCCCGAAGAUAAGCCUGAUAUUGAGGUCACGAUGGUAAUCCGCGUCAUGGAGGAGUUGAUUCCGUCGCUGACGGACGAGAUGGAGAAGAUUGUCACGACUUUGCGUGAGGAGAAAAUAACGGAUGCGAAAUUCCGCAGCCAGCUCUCGCAGCAGUACAUUAAGGCGUCUGGAAAGAAAACUGAGGAGAUCUGCAAGAAGUAUAAGCUAGACCUGCACGCCUUCCAGGCUGCGCUGAUGUACUACCACGACGAUGACCUAGUUGAAAAGGCGCUGGCCAAGCAGGCAGAGCAGCAGCAAAAGAGGUUUAAGGAUAUUGGCUUGUAA